AUGGCACCUCUUGAAAUCCUCGUAGUCGGCUGCUCCAUAGCUGGCCCAACUUUGGCAACCUUCCUGCUUCUCUCCUCCCUCCCAGCCUCCCAAAAGCCACACAUCACCAUCCUGGAGCGCUCUCCGGCCCUGCGUACGGAUGGUCAGAACAUCGACGUCCGCGGCGCCGGCGUGACUCUUAUACGACAUCUAGGCCUCGAAGCCGCCGUACGGGCCUCAACCACGGGCGAGGAGGGUGUGCAGUUUGUUGAUAGCAACAACACCGUCUGGGGGCAGUCUGCGGCCGACAAAACGGGACGGUAUCAGACGCCCACGAGCGAUAUUGAAAUUCUAAGGGGACGGCUAUCCGAGCUGCUCUGGAAACGGAGUAAGGGCGUCAGUGACGAGGUUGUGAGGGAAGGUGGUAAAGGAUUAGAGUAUUUGUUUGGGGAUUGUCUUGAUGAGAUCGAGCAGGAUGGGGACAAGAUCAAUGUGCACUUCGCAAAGAGCGGGCAGCGGCGGACGUUCGAUCUAGUGGUCGGGGCGGAUGGGCUUCAGAGCCGGACGCGGAGUAUGGUCUGGGGCAGUGACAGCGAGGAGGACCGAGUAAGGAAGCUGGGCAUGUAUGCGGCUUUCUUCAGCAUGCCAAAGGGACAGACGGAUUCCCAGUGGCGUCGAUGGUUCCAUGCCCCUGGCAGGAGGGGAAUAAUGAUACGACCGGACGAGCAGAGGAAAAGAACGACGGUGUUGAUGACCGUCAUAAAAGACCGUGACGAGAGGCUGCCUAGGCUUGCGGGCAAGCGGGAUGCCGUCCAGGCGCAGAAGGAUAUCAUGGCGGAAUAUUUCCAGGGCGCUGGAUGGGAAUCCGAGAGGAUCAUCGAAGAGAUGAUGACUACGAAAGACUUCUACUACGACAUGGUAGGACAGGUUAAGAUGGACAAGUGGAGCAAGGGCAGGGUCGUGCUGAUCGGUGACGCGGGGUAUUGCGCAUCUCCCAUCUCCGGAAUGGGCACAACGCUGGCUCUCACUGGCGCAUACAAUCUUGCCGGCGCGAUCCUGCGGCAUCCAGAUGACCUCACUGCAGCAUUCGCCCAGUACGAGGCAACGACACGUCCCGUCGUGGACCGCGCCCAGAAGCUCGCCCCCGGUAUGCCGCGCCUGGUCAACCCGGAGACUGCUUGGGGAAUCUCGGUGUUGCAUUGGUUCGGCUAUCUCAUGUGGAUCUCCAGACUUCAGGUCCUGCUGUUUGCGCUCGGCGUUGGGCCGCCGGCGAAUGCGGUGCCUGUGGAGGAUUAUGGAUUGAGGAAACUGGAGGCGCUCGAAGAAUGA